AUGAAUCGCAUCAAUGAAGAAGAAGAUUUUAAUGACAUAACAAAAGUAAUGGGAACAGAUGUCACAAUAACCUUUACUUUAGUUGAUCAAUUUUCUUCUGCCGCCGAACUACCUGCGGAAUGUAGUAGUCAUAAUAUUCAUUCAAACAAACAUUCAAAUAAUAAGAACGAUUGUUCGAAAUAUCAAACCAUAAAUCGACCAACAUCGUUACCACCGACAAAACAUUUUUCGUCUAUGAAUGAAAAUUUUGAUGAAGAUAUAAAACAACAACGUCGACGAUAUACAAGUGAUUCAAAUACGAAUUAUAAUAAAAAUGAUUCAACAUUACUUGUUACUUCAUUUCUUCAAUAUUUACGUAAUGAAUUAAAAACAUCAACAAAUGAUAAAACAAAUGAUUAUCGUCAAUAUACAAAACAGAAAUCAUCUAAAAAUACGACUUCAUCAUCAAUAAAAAUAUCUCAAUCGAUUAUAAUGAAUUCUCAAUUAAAUAAUGAAAAUUUAUUUGAAACUAAUGAAUAUAAUGAAAUAUUAACAUUAAUUAAUUUACUUAUUUUACGUGUUGAAUGUUUAUCAAAUGAAAAUAAAUCAAAAAAACGAAAAAGAAAAAAAGAUAAAUAUCCAACUGUUACUGAAGUUGAUCAAAAUUUAAUUGAAUAUCUUUAUUAUCUUUUUAAAAAAUUUAUUAAUAAUGAUAUUAAUUUAUCAAAUGAUUUAAAAAUACCAAUUAUUGAUAAAAAUAAUUUUGUUAGUAUUUGUCAAACAUUAGUACGUGAUGGUUGUUUUGAUAUACCAUCAACAACAACAACAACAAUAAUAUCAAAAUCACCAAAUCAAUCACUAUCUGAAUCAUUAAGUACUAGUGAUUAUAUAUCAAAUUCACAAGUAAUUGUACAUGAAUAUUAUCCAGAUACAAAUCAGAUAGUAGAAGAAAAAUCCUUGUCAGAUGAUCAGAUUUCUUCAAUGACAUCAACAGAAAAAGAACCUUGGCUUGUUGUAGACUUUGAACAACCGAUACAAUUGGAAGAAACACUAGGAACGUCUGAAGCCAUGUGUUCACUACCAAUACCAAUACCUGAUGAACAAUUAUUAAUCACCAACGAUAUUUAUAAAUCAUGUGAAUCUGGAUCAUCACACAGCAUUUAUUUAUCACCAGAUUCUUCAUCAGUUGAUUUAGAAAAUAUGGUACUAGAAUUUGAUGAAAUAAUUCAUCAAUCUAAUAUAUCAUUCAAUGAAGAUGGAUCAUCAUCGAAUGUCAUCGAUGAAUCGAAAACAAUAAUAACCAAUGAUUUAUCAAAUGAUGAUAUUCAAUCUUUAUCUAUAACAAGCAAUACCAUUUGCACAAGAUUAACUAAUAAUACUAGUAGUUCGAUAGACAACAAUGAACAGAUGACAAUAAAUAAUACUGAUAAAAUGUCUCGACGUGAAAAAAAAAUGCACGAACGUUGGUCAACAUCAACAAAAACUGAUAAGAAUAAUCAUGAACAAUUAUCAAUAAAAACAAUAUUAGGUGUAGAAUUUCCACCGAUUGCUGUUCUUCGACGAAAAUUUUCAUCAACAAAUCAACAACAUAAGAAUAAAAUUGAAAUAAAUUCAAAUGAUAAAAUAAAUUCAAAUACAUCGAUGACGGUUAAGGAGAUUAACACAUUACCAACGACAAUCAAAGUGGAACAAACGAAUCCUGAUCAAACAAUUGAAUUACCAUCGAAAGAUUUAUCAUUGUUGAUAAGCACAAAUGUCGAUGAAAACAAUGAUGACGGACAACUGCCAGUAACAAAAUUUUUUUGUUUACAACAAGAAGAAAUAACAAUGAAAAAAAAACAAGGUCCAUUAUCACUCCAUACAGAGACAAUAACAAAUAUUCAUAAUGACUUAGUUGAUAAUCAACAAGCUAAUAAUGAAAAUAAUUCAGUUAUAAUAACUAAUCCAUUGGAUUCAAAUUCAUUAUCUUCUUCUUCUUCUUCAACAUUAAUAUCAAUGUUUCCUUCGUCUUUAACGUCAUCAACAAAUGAAACAAUGUCUAAUAUUGAUCAAAAUGAAGAACAAUAUAAAAAAAUUGAAAUUGAAGAAAUUCCUGAUGAUGAAGAAAUUAUAUUAAAAAAACCAAUCGAUUCAAUCGAACCAAUUGAUUGUAUUCUUACUGAUGAUGAACGAAAACAACAAAAACAAUCUUCACCACAACCAAAUAUAACACCAAUUCCUAAGGAUAGUUCUUUACAAUUUGGAAAUGUUUUAUCAUGUUAUGAAAAAGCUAUAGCUAAUUUAGUUGAUACAUAUGAUGAUUCACCACAACCUGCCAAUACAUUAUCCACAGAAUCGUCAGUAACAACAACAACAACAACAACAGCAUCACAAUCAACGGCUGAUGAUCCUAUUGCAUUACGUGCUGUACAACGUUUUGAAGAACGUAUGAAUGCUGCUGUUGCUAAAAAUAAUAAGGAUGAAACAAAUUUAAGAACAUCAAAAGGUAAAUCCUCAUGGUCAGGAUCACUUUCAACAUCACGUAAAUCACUUGAAAAUUUGUUUAAAAAUAUUGAACAACAAUUAAGUUCAACACCAGUUACAAUUAAUAAUGAAUCAAUAACAUCUCUAUCAUCUCCUCAAUUGGAUAGUUAUAUACGACCACGUAAAACAUUUGAUGAUAGCGAUUUUAAUUAUGGUACGACAUACAAUUCACCUAGUAUAACAAGUUCAACUAUUGAUAAGAUCAAUAAUGAUAAUCAUAAAAUAGAAGAACAACAACAGCAGCAGCAACAGCAGCAGCCGUCAACAUUAGUAGAAAAUGAUGACAAACGAGUUAUUGAUAACCAGUCAACGAACAUUGUUGACUCUAAAGAUCAGCAAGAAGGACGACAACAACAAAUCACAAGUGAUGCAAUAAUGACAAGUGAAAAUGAUCUCGGAAGUGAAAAAGAAAAUUUAAGUUUAGUAGUUUCAUCAUCAACUGAUAAUUCAAUAAUAAGUAGUUCAUCAAAUACAGUCACAGGACGAUCUUCAUCAAUUGAAGAACCAGCUAUUAAACCAUAUGGUUUUCAACUUGAAGGUCGUCGUCGUUUAAAUACACUUGAAGUUAUGCGUGAACGUCGUCAAAGUCGUGAAUAUCUUGAUAAAACACAAUUAGAACAACAACAACAACAACAACAACAACAAAAACUUCAAAAUGAAUAUACACCUAAUUCUGAAGAAAUACAAGAUCCUAUAGUUCGUCGUGCACUUGAACGUUAUGAUGAAAAAAAUCGUAAAUUAAUUCAAACAAAAUCAGUAAAUUAUGAUGAUAUUCAAGAUCCUAUUACACGACGUGCAUUAAUGCGUCUUGAAUCAAAUUUAAAAAAAGUAAUACCAUCAACAACAAAUGAUACAAAUGAAAAUUGGUAUACAGAAAAUUAUACACUUGGUACAUUACAACCAACAAAUGAUCGUUUAUCACGUUAUACAAAUUCAUCACAAUCACCAACAACAAAUAAUAGAACAAAAUAUAUUUCUGUACAUCAACGUUAUUGUACACCAUCAUCAAAUGAUACAUCUGAUUUAUCAACAACAAAUAAUUUUAUCUCAUCAGGUGAACAUGAUUUACCUGUUGUGCGUGCACCAACACAAUCAGUUUAUGUUACAUCAAAUAAUCAACAACAACAACAACUACAACAAUUACAACAAAAACAACCAAUUCAUAUUCGUCAACGAUCACGUUCGGAAGAUAUGCUUACAUCAAGAGAUUUAGCAAUUGGUCAAACAACUAAUCUUGAUGAUAUUGAUACAUCAACACAAUUACAACGUAAUCGUUCAUCAAAUGAAAUUGCAUUAAAUGAACCAAAUUUUCAGUAUCCAAAUACAUUUAUUAAAACUCUUGAACCAAAUUUUACACGUACAACAGAAUCAUCUAUUAGUUAUGCAACACCAACACAAACAUAUUCAGCAUAUAGUUGUGAAUAUACACGUCCACGUCGAAAUCCAUUGAUAACAUCAUUAUCUGAAACACCAGCAAUAUCAAAAAAUGACUUGAAACAAUUACCUUCAUCUUCAUAUUCUCAACAAGAACAAAAUGAAAUUCAACGUCCGAUACCAUAUCGACCAACUAGUGAAAAUCAAUCUUCAUCUGCAUUUGCACCUAUUCGUUCUUCUUCAUCAACAACAACUAAUUAUUAUAAUCAAUCAUCAUUACCUAGUUCUUCAUAUGAUUCAACAUAUACAUCAAAUAAUUUAAAUCAAACACCUUAUUCAGAUGAUCCAAUUGUUCGUCGGGCAGUUGAACGAUUUAAUAUUCAAUUACAAAAUAGUCUUCUAUCAACAUCACAAUAUCAACCAAGAACUAAUUAUUCAUCAAAUCAUGAUCCUUGGUUAAAUACAAAUCGUUCAACAUUAAUGACAACAAGUACUCCAAGUUGUGGUACAGGAGGAGGUUAUCAAUCAAUCAUUGGACGUCGUCGAUUAACACGUUAUGAUGAUCCAAAUAAUUUUCUUGAUCAGUCAAAUAUUGGUGAUGCUUAUUCAACAUCAGUAUUUUCUAAUUCACAAAAUCCAUAUUUAACGACAAAUCAUUAUAUGAAUAUAUCUGAUCAACCUCCUAUUAUCCCACCACGUUUACGUCGAACGAAUAAUUAUCAAAAUGAAGAUAUUAAUGAUCAAUAUCGACGUCAUUCAAUAGAUGAAUAUCUAUCAGAAAAUAUUAAUAAUAAUAAUAAUAAUAAUAAUAAUAAUAAUCAAUCACUCCCAAAUGAUACAUUUAUUCAUUAUGCAUAUCCAGCAACAAUAACAAAUACAACUAAUUUUCGGCCAAUAAACAUUGAUUAUAAUCAACAAUAUGAUUCAACUAAUCAAUUAUCUCAAGAACAAGAUGAUCUACAUGAUCGAACACAAUCAAUAUCAAGUACAAAUUCAUCAGAUAGUAUUAAACAACAACAACAACAAAGAUCAGGAAGACCAACUAAUUUUCCAACACAAAUAAAUCAUCAACAAAGAUUACCACCACCAACAUCUAUACGAACAAAUAUACAACAAAAUGAACGUAGAACAAAUGAAAGAAUUCAAUCAAAUAAAUUAUCACCGGUUGAUACUCAAUCACCGUUAGGUCAAAUCCCACCAAAUAAUGGAAAUUUAUCAAAUGAUUCUGUUUUUCAUCGUCUUGCUUAUACAGGUACAAAAGCAUCAUUAUCAAAAUCAAGUUCAAAUUCUUGUUCAAAUUUAUUAAAUAAAAAUUCAUCACAAUUAAAAUCAUGUGAAAUUGAUUUUGAUGAUUCAUUAAAUUCACCAACAACAACAUCAUCAAUAACAAAUGAAAAUAAUAUUGAACAAAAUUCUUCAUUAGAAAAUAAAUAUC